AUGAUUCCACGGGAUCAUGAAGGUGGUGCAGAUCGUCCUUUCAACGACUAUUUUUCUCCCAAUCCGGUAUAUCCGGAACACAUUUUCCGAAGGCGAUUCAGGUUGGGGAGAGAUUUGUUUGUCAAGAUAGUAAAUGUUGUUGAACAACGUUGUGACUAUUUCAAACAGAGGAAAGAUGUUGCACAACAACUUGGAUUGUCGCCAUUGCAGAAAUGCACAGCAGCUAUUCGCAUGCUUGCAUAUGGAUCCCCAACUGAUAUACUUGAUGAAUAUAUACAAAUCGGUGAAAGUACGACAAUUGAAUGUUAA